AUGGCCUCGGAUGCGCCCACCGCCACAUCCCCGCGGGACGAGCUUGCCUCGCAAUCGAACCAAGACUCUCUCACUCUGCCCCCGCAGAUGACCUCGCCAAACCCUCAGCAACCGACACGCGCAAGGCCACUGUCGCACGCCUCAAGAAGCCGCUUGUCGCAAUACUCAGCCAGCUCUAUACCCACGAGGUCGCGACCGGUAUCGCACGCCUUUCCCAUAUUCACCUCGAGCCUGCCAUACUCGUUGGUCCGCGACUUUGCGUACGGGUCGGCGCACCCGUUGCACUAUGGCCCGCCUCCAGAGCCGUCCGGACCACCCUCGGGCAUGACCACGCCUGCCAGCGAGCAUAAGCGAUUUUCGGACCCGCCAAUGGCUUGGGACUCGUGGACGGUGGAUGGCUUCAACAGGGGUUACAACAUUCCCCCCAUUCAGCCGGGUGACGGGCCGCCAUACAGCGAGGACGAGGACCUGCAGAGUCCUGUGGUAUCGACUCGCCAUCGCAAGCAUAAAUCGACCUCGGCAGCCCUGGGUGGUCCCGCAUACGGUACGGAGAGGGGAUACUAUAUCGACUCGGGCCCCGACGGGAGUGAGAGGUACUAUGUCGAUCAUGGUUUGGGAGGGGAGUAUGUCAGCUACCCACCGGGGGAGGUGCGGCACAGUCGAGCGUAUCAUUUCGCCCAGCAACCCCAGCAUGGCCAUGAAGCGCCCGAGGGUGACAGCUCGCCACCUUCGCCGGCAUUUGAUGGGCCAGACGAGUCGAGAUACUCGCGGGAUUACCAGUUCACGAUAACGUCGCCUGACGAAGAAUUCCAUGGUAAAGCUGUGGCGCUCUUUGAUUUCGCGCGGGAGAAUGAAAAUGAACUGCCUCUGGUGGAGGGCCAGGUCAUCUGGGUAUCAUAUCGCCACGGACAAGGCUGGCUCGUUGCCGAGGACCCCAAGACCCAGGAGAGUGGACUGGUGCCUGAGGAGUACGUGCGUCUCCUGCGGGACAUUGAAGGAGGUAUGACAAGCUUGACCGGGCAGGUUGGCGACGGGUUUGCUUCGCCCAACGAUGUGCCUACGCCUACCCAGCCUGAGCACACUGGGCAAUGCCCACCACCACCCGCACAGGGCAAUGGAGCGAAUGGGUACCAUCAGCCUGUGCUUUCCGUCUUCUCGACGUCGAGCAAGGAUCUGAACCCCUACCCGACCGGGCAACUCGGGCUGUCUACCGGACAAGCACCGCCUCAGGUGGUUCACUAUCAUGGACAAAGGGGCGGCAGCCGAGCGAACACGCCGACUCUGGCCCAGCAUGAGGGACUGGGACGGCGCGAAAGCCAGGACACGGGCAGUGGGCAGGAUGCUGCCGCGCCGUUGACGGAACGGUGA